AUGUCUGUACAGGAGAUCAUUCUCUGCGCGACUACUUCCUCGUCGAGUUCUGCUGGCACCGGUUGUAUAGCUCUCCACGACUUCAAAAAUGGUACAACGCUGGCCUCAUUCAAGCAGACAAAUGCCGCUCCGCAUUGUACAACCUACAUCGAGUCUAAGCAGUCUCAAGGAGGAUUCCUACUAGCCUCUCAACCGGACAAGUCCCUUCUGCAUGUUUACAACUUUCAGAAGGAACAGAUUAGUAUGAAGAUCGUGCUACCAGAAAGACUUUCAUGUAUAGCUCUGGACUCUAAAGGAAAAUUAUGUGCCGCCGGGACCUCUCAAGGUCGUAUAUAUCUCUGGGAGUAG